AUUGGAGCGUAAAGAUCAGCGAACUUGCCAUGAAUUAAGAUCAAUUCAAAAAAUGGAUGUCGCCAAGGGCACAACAGAAGAUUUCGUGACGGUGGUCAGCGUCGGCAGUCAGCCGAUGUCGGAAAACUUUGUGACCGUUCUAUCGAUCGGCAAUAGGAAGAAAGACGAUGAGGAAUCGCCGGCGACGGGCAAAAGUUUGCCGAACGGUAUGGACGGGCACCUCGAAGAAGAAGUCGAGGUUUUUAGAUUACCCGGAGAACGUUUGGGUUUUGGACUCAAAUUCGAAGGCGGUAACAAGACUGCUGAGAGAGUUAGAAGACUGUUUGUACAGAGCUGCGCGGAGCAAAGUCCAGCCAGCAGAGCGAAAUGUUCGUGGGGCACCUUAGGCGAAGGAGACGAGGUACUGUCGAUCGAUGGUAUACCGGUGACACACAUGACCCGAUUGGAUUGCGUGAGAAGACUGAAGGAGUCGCAACUGGUCAUCAGGUUGAUGGUGAGAUGUCGUGGCGCUCUUAGACCGGAAGUGGUGAGCGCUGAGAGAAAAAUCGAAAGAAGCAAAGUGCCUCCAGAAUUACCCGCAGCACCACCGCCUGUACCACCGAGAAAACUGAGACAGCCUCGAGGACCUGCGGACGGCGAGGCAAAUCCUAGUCCCAUCAAGAAAUUGUUGGACAAUUCGAAAUCUCAGAAUGGAUUGCAGAAUGGAUCGCAAAGUGGCGUGCAGAAUGGCUCGUCAAUUUCACAAAUCGGAUUACAAUGCGUAACCAAAAUAAACUCGUACGAGAGUUACGAGUCUUCGCCGAGAAACAUUAACGGAUCGAAUCAGGAGAACCUGAAAGAAUCGCCGAAAGACCGUUCGCCGGAAUCCGUGAAAGCGAAUCUCUUAUAUUUGUAG